GAUAAGCAACAAGUUCCCCAGCGGUCUUCCCGCCCUAGCCUGACAAGGCGAAGGUUUUCUUACCUGGCGACAGGGAAAUCUCCCGAGCCGAAUUCAGCUUCGCCGGAGCCCCAGGUGUGACCUGCGUAGUGGGCAAGGGAGCGGUGUGCAGGCUGGGUUUUUUUUUUUUUUUUUUUUACAGGGGUACUCUGAAACUCCUCACUUUCUCUGGGAACUUUCAGUGCCAGGACCCAGUAACGGGCAGUUAGAAGGCAGCCCUAGGAAACACCUGCUACAUAGCAGGGCAGUUGGGCAAUCAUUGGUAACCUCGCUCAUUCAUUAGAAUCACGUAAGAACUCAAAAGGAAACGUGUCUCUCGGAGUGAGGGCGUUUGCGUAAAUCUAUAGGUUUUUCGACAUCGAUGCCAGUUGCUUUGUCUUCUGUAGUCGCCAAGGUGGUUGAGAGUUUAAGCUUGCGGAUAUUGCAAAGGGUUAUUAGAUUCAUAAGUCACACCAAGUGGUGGGCGAUCCACUGAGCAAAGCCGAACUUCUCACAUGAUGACUUCAAACAAGACACAUUACCUUCCAGCAUCUGUUGGGGAGACGAGAUUUUAAGACACUUGAGUCUCCAGGACAGCAAAGGCACAAUGUUCCACCAGGUGAGAAGAGUGAUGACCAUCCUUUUCCUUACUAUGGUUAUUUCAUACUUUGGUUGCAUGAAGGCUGCCCCCAUGAAAGAAGCAAACGUCCGAGGACAAGGUGGCUUAGCCUACCCAGGUGUGCGGACCCAUGGGACUCUGGAGAGCGUGAAUGGGCCCAAGGCGGGUUCAAGAGGCCUGACAUCGUUGGCUGACACUUUCGAACAUGUGAUAGAAGAGCUGUUGGAUGAGGACCAGAAAGUUCGGCCCAAUGAAGAAAACAAUAAGGACGCAGACUUGUACACGUCCAGGGUGAUGCUCAGUAGUCAAGUGCCUUUGGAGCCUCCUCUUCUCUUUCUGCUGGAGGAAUACAAAAAUUACCUAGAUGCUGCAAACAUGUCCAUGAGGGUCCGGCGCCACUCUGACCCUGCCCGCCGAGGGGAGCUGAGCGUGUGUGACAGUAUUAGCGAGUGGGUAACAGCGGCAGACAAAAAGACUGCAGUGGACAUGUCGGGCGGGACGGUCACAGUCCUUGAAAAGGUCCCUGUAUCAAAAGGCCAACUGAAGCAAUACUUCUACGAGACCAAGUGCAAUCCCAUGGGUUACACAAAAGAAGGCUGCAGGGGCAUAGACAAAAGGCAUUGGAACUCCCAGUGCCGAACUACCCAGUCGUACGUGCGGGCCCUUACCAUGGAUAGCAAAAAGAGAAUUGGCUGGCGAUUCAUAAGGAUAGACACUUCUUGUGUAUGUACAUUGACCAUUAAAAGAGGAAGAUAGUGGAUUCAUGUUGUAUAGAUUAUAUCGAGACAAAAAUUAUCUAUUUGUAUAUAUACAUAACAGGGUAAAUUAUUCAGUUAAGAAAAAAAUAAUUUUAUGAACUGCAUGUAUAAAUGAAGUUUAUACAGUACAGUGGUUCUACAAUCUAUUUAUUGGACAUGUCCAUGACCAGAAGGGAAACAGUCAUUUGCGCACAACUUUAAAAAGUCUGCAUUACAUUCCUUGAUAAUGUUGUGGUUUGUUGCCGUUGCCAAGAAUUGAAAACAUAAAAAGUUAAAAAAAAUAAUAAAUUGCAUGCUGCUUUAAUUGUGAAUUGAUAAUAAACUGUCCUCUUUCAGAAAACAGAGAAAAAAAACACACACACACAACAAAAAUUUGAACCAAAACAUUCCGUUUACAUUUUAGACAGUAAGUAUCUUCGUUCUUGUUAGUACUAUAUCUGUUUUACUGCUUUUAACUUCUGAUAGCGUUGGAAUUAAAACAAUGUCAAGGUGCUGUUGUCAUUGCUUUACUGGCUUAGGGGAUGGGGGAUGGGAGGGGUAUAUUUUUGUUUGUUUUGUGUUUUUUUUGUUUGUUUGUUUUGUUUUUUAGUUCCCACAGGGAGUAGAGAUGGGGAAAGAAUUCCUUCAAUAUAUAUUCUGGCUGAUAAAAGAUACAUUUGUAUGUUGUGAAGAUGUUUGCAAUAUCAAUCAGAUGACUGGAAAGUGAAUAAAAAUUAAGGCAACUGAACAAAAAA